GGCGGCGAGGCUCGCGGCCGCUGGGCGCUGCACCGAGGAGUCAGGCCAUCAUCAUUCGAUCGUGGGCGGCCGGCGUGAGUGCAAGUGUGAACAAUGAAGCUCUCUAUUUACUUUGUGUUUUGUGUUCUGGUGAAUUUGGCAGCGGCUGUGAAGGACACGUACCGAGCUGCUAUAGUUCGCGAUGUUGGCAACUCGGACCUCAACGCACACAUCCCUGCCAUAUACGAGGCCGGCAGAAAGAAUGUGGACAUCUUGGUGCUGCCGCCGUCGGAAACGUUAAGCUCCAAGUAUGAUGAGAGCGCGAGGGAGGUGGCGCGGGCGGCGCGCGAGGCAGACGUGCAGGUGUGUGCGCAUGCGCGCGACGUGCUCGUCUGCACCGCGGGCGGCGCCGCCGUGUCGCUAUACAGGAAGACGGGAGCCACAUGCAACUGCAGCACGGUUGAGGAGUCGGAGACCUUCGUCAGCGACUUCGGCGUGGAGUUCACGCUGCUGACGGAGGAGGAGCUGGCGCUGCUGCAGCCCUCCCUCGUGAAGGGCAGGAAUGUUAUCGUGACCGGCGCCGGGACAGUCGAGGUGCCGUUUCUGACCGCGUGGUCGCAGCUGUCGCGCGCCAACGUGUUGUGUGGCGCCGCGCUGCUCGCCGACGGACCGCGCCUGCACACCGACCUCCUCACCAUCGCCGAUGUCCACAUCCACGGACGGCACGCUCCCUUCCCCCCGCCGGUGGUGGGUGCCUCCUCCCGCGGGUCCGGCGAGGACCUCACCCACUACAGCAUCAAGCCGCUGGACCUGGAGGCGAGUGUCGACGGCUACACCGAGACAGUAUGUCAGCACGACUUCUGCUGCCAGUUCAAUAUCAAGGCUAGCUCUAAAGGAUCGAAGGGUUCGUGCAGUAGUUUCAGCGCGGGCGCUCACUCGGGGCGGCGCGCCGUGAGUCCGUCGCGGCGGGCGGCGGUACAAGUGUGCGGCGUGUUCCACACGGCCUGCCGCCAGGGAGCGCAGAACAGCACCGACGUCAUCUUCAGCGAGUUGACAGUGAGCGGGAACUUCUCCGACCACACGGUGCUCUUCCCGAUGAUCGUCUCUAAUGACGUCAUCGACUCCUCGCAGUACUCCGCGCCCAGGCAGGGGACCGUCACGAUCCGGGACGCGUCCGUCAUCUCCUUCGGGAUAUUCGGGAGAGACUUCACGAAGGAUCGCGAAGUUAUAGCCGAGAAGGAAGUGUUCGCUGACUCCGACAGCUUGUUCAACGAGAAUGUUCAGGAGUUCAUCGACUACGUGUGGAUCAGACUCAGGAUACUCAUCUUUGUAGUUUCUAUUUACAUUUUGGAAAUGAUGUAAAAUGCUUAAGGGGAUAUUUUGUUCAAUAUUAUAAAAAUCUUGUUUCGACAAGAUUAAAUUUAUUGUAUGAGUUAUGAACAAUUUAACAACAAUAUUAAUAGCUUCUUUACCUUUAAUGGUUUAAGAGUGAAAGAGGCAAGACUUUUUAAAGAGUUUGCAGUAUUUGGAGGGAUUCUUUAUUUAUUAAUCUUCCUUCUAUGUAUAGUCCGACCAGAAACAUAAGAAACCUCGUUACGUUGUAGAAAUGGCACAAAUUCCUUGCACUGAAAACGUUAACUUUAAAAUGGAAGAGCCAAAUGGCGUCUCCAAAGCAGGUUUUUUAUUUUCCUGGUCAGACUAUAUUUUGAGAUUUCUUUACUCGGAGAGAAUCUGCAUAGAGUUCAAAAACCUGUAAAUUAAUUCCUCAUAAAUUCUAACUCAUACAAAACAUAAUUCGCGCAGGUUGAGGCUGCGCAGGCGAAUUUGUAUUCUUAUAAUGUUUAUAUUAAAUAAUCUGCAGUCCCUCGAUAUCCGCGUGUAAGGCGAGUGAGAGCCGCGGACACGGGGGCGCGGGGAGUGAGGCCGAGUGAGAACAGCGACGCGGGCGAGAGGUUCGCUCGCGUCAUAUUAUAAUAAUAUAGAAAUGAUGUGAAUGCCACAUUUGUACCAACCAUAUUUCCAUUACAAUUAUUGGAACCAGUGACUGUUUUAUGAUGUAAAGCAUUGAUUCCCAAAGUGUUCCAGGAGAACCCUCAGGAGUCCACGGGAGACUAAACAGGUUCUACAUUAGCGUGGCCAAAAAAUUGGGGUUCACAAUUCGUAAGUAGAUUCCACGAAAAUUUAUCUGGUUUCGAUAAUAAAUUAAAAUGUUGGCUUGACUUCAAUGUAGGCAAAUAAUAAUUCAAGAACUAUACUUCUAAAAACUUGAAUAUUCUGGGGAAUAUGGUAGAAAUUUUGCUGCAGAAGUUCCACCAGAACCAGCAAUUUUGAAAGUGGCCUAUGAGAAAAAUAAGUUUGGUAACCUCUGAUGUGAAGCAUCCAUCAAUAUUUACAUUUCACAAAUAUAUUUUUUGUCACUCCAUUGGGUUAGUCACGACAGAUGUAUGAUAACGUAUGUACGAAGUGAAACUAAAUAAUAAAUGGUUGGUGACAUGUCCUUAGUGAGUUUUAUAUAAUUAUUUAUUAAUUUGUAAGUUCUACUUAAUGUAAGUAGCGGGUGAUCGUAAUUACUUUAUAAACUAAGUGAUUCUUUAGAUAAUUGUGUUUAUAGACUAAGUAUUAUUUUUUAUUUGCUAUAUCAUAGCCAACGAAAACUAUAUCUUAUUUUAAUGUGCGCUGUAGUUUAAAAUUGCAUGCAUGUGUUAAUGUAAGUAAACUAAGGUAAUUUUAAGCAUCAUCUAGUGUUAGCAAAAUCGUGUAUGGAACAGGGAGGUGCAGUUUAAAUAUUGUUUAGUCGAUCCCUAUUUAAAGACGAACCCUAAGUUAUUAGAAACAAUCAACGUGUUGAGGUCACCCUAGUUAUGGCCUUUAUUCGUUUAUCAAACGGCACAAUGCUGGUUAGGUUAAUUUAGACAUCGAAUUAACUGAUUAGUCUACAGCAGUUUUCAAUAAAUAAUCCCAAUCUCAAUGUUCAGUCCGAUUCCGAAAAUGAACCAAUCACAAUGAAUAAUUUGUAAGAUAUCCAAAUAUCUUCGUUGUGAUUGGUCAAUUUUUGAUAUACUUAGAUCGAAGAAAGCGAUUGCGAUUAUUUAUAGUGGUUAGCCAGACAUUGGGCGUUAAUAUUGUAAAUACUUCUAUAGCCUAAAAUGUAUGCGUCAAAGACAGUGUGGAUAGACAAUAUUAAAAAACCAUUUCAAUAAAUAAAAGUGUAACCGUGUUAUUGGCAUGUCUGGCAAACCGGAUGUAAUAUUAUGAAGACCGUGAAAAGAUUGUGUAAUUAAUAACAAAUAUUUUGAGAUUUGGAUAUUUUAGUGUAAUUUAAUUAUAAUGAUAUUAUUUCUCAAAGUAUAGGUAAUUAUUAUAAGGUUUACUAAAAGGGGAUCCUUUUUUACUUUUUGAAUAUAGAAUUAAUGCUUUUACAGAAUCGGACGUGGAAAAGUAUUGAAUUCUCUUUUAGAAUCAGAAUUGUAAUUCUGUACUGUUGGUAUUUUGGAUUCAUCAUAUUUUGUAUUCACUGUACACGGUUUUGUAAUAAUUUAAUGCAUUUUAAUUCACUCACGACUGAUUACUGUGAUAUUAGAUGUUAUUCACAUGCCAUUGAAAUAAAGGGAUUUUUCAAUAUAUUA